CACACAGAGUUAAUACUUAACUGCUGCUGUUUGUAUAAAAUGCACUGGGAGCCAUUCAAGGCUCCACUGCGCCUCACAUCUGGCUGGGUUUUUCUCUUUACGUGUUUAUCCUGGUUUCUUCCUCUCUUCCUUGACUUUCGAGAAACCGCAUUUCCGCUUCUGGCCAAAGAAAUCGUGGAGCCGUGAAGAUAAAGGUGCUGGAAGGGGACUGGCUGUUACUUGCACUGCCCCCCCCCCCUCCCCUUUUGCUUUUUGUCUUCCCUCUGGACUUUUUCCCCCCUUGCUGAGUUUCCUUCAAACAAGCCUGUGAUUUCCCUCGGACCUGGCUGGGGAGGAGGUUACAGCCCCCAGGAGAUGCUCUAAAAGAUCGAGCCUCUGCUGAGGCAACAAGACAGUUGCUGGUGGAAAGUCAGACAAGAUAGAAAACAAAAUCUUGAACCAGGGAAGUUCACAGCAAGUACCUGGUGUGUCUCUCUGUUGCUUGGGUUGAUGGUAGCUGUGGCUCCAGGGACCAGCUGGGCCAUGUGCUGGGCCUAUACCAAAGGGAGCCAGGAAAAAUGAUUGGCUCCCGCAAAUUGGGAUUCAUUUCUGGAUCCUUCCUGCUGCUGACACUCCUCUGGUGUGACACAGCAUUGGGCAGGGCAUCACAAAAGCAGCAACCUCAGAAGGACCAGGAGGAGACUCAGGAAGAGGUUAAGGUGGAGGCCCUACCAUCACCAUUGCCGGAUCACACUGAAAAGGUUGAAGAUCAUCAUGAAAAGAACAACCCCAGCCUGGAAGAGCAGCCCUCUCACUCGAAAUGUUUACACUGUUGUGACUCUGGCAACCCCAUGUACCAGCCAAUGCCAAUGCCAAUGCCAAUGCCUCAGAUCAAUAUCACUAUCUUAAAAGGUGAAAAAGGUGACAGAGGAGAGCGAGGCCUCCAAGGGAAAUAUGGCAAAACAGGAUCAAUAGGUGCCAGGGGCCAUGUAGGACCAAAGGGACAGAAGGGCACAAUGGGGGCUCCUGGGGAUCGAUGUAAGAACCACUACGCCGCCUUCUCAGUGGGACGGAAGAAGCCCUUGCACAGCAACGAUUACUACCAGACGCUGAUUUUUGACAUGGAAUUUGUUAACCUCUACAGUCACUUCAACAUGUUCACAGGGAAAUUCUACUGCUACGUGCCGGGCAUCUACUUCUUCAGCCUCAAUGUGCACACUUGGAAUCAGAAGGAGACUUAUCUCCACAUCAUGAAGAAUGAUGCUGAGGUGGUGAUACUUUAUGCCCAGGUGAGCGACCGAAGCAUCAUGCAGAGCCAGAGCCUGAUGUUGGAGCUUCAGGAGCAGGAUGAGGUGUGGGUACGGCUCUUCAAGGGGGAGCGGGAGAAUGCCAUCUUCAGUGAUGAGUUUGAUACCUACAUCACCUUUAAUGGGUACCUGAUCAAACACAACGCCGAGCCGUAAGCCAGCUCCUCAGCCUCUUUCCCAGUGCCAUGGCCAGCACCUUCUCUCCUUGAUAUCCAAGCACCAGGCUGAAUCCCUCCUGAAAUGCCGUUCUUCUCCUGGACUACUGUUUCCACUCCAUCUACAUUCCACAGGAUUCUUACUAAAUGAAAAAUGCUAUCUGUUCCUAAAUUUUGCAAUGCCCUUUUGUGCAACUGUAGAAAACAUAUGAAAUUAUCAGGGAGGGGAACAUAUGAGAAUCAAGGACUGGGGAUGUCCUGCCUCCAACAGGAUACAAAUCCCUUAACAGCUUAGUAAUAUAACUGAGUUUCUCAGAAGAAAUAAUUUCCACUCCUGUUACUGGAACUAAUUAGCAAACAUUAAAAGGGUUACUAAAUA